AUGCAGCACAGAGUGUUGAAAGCAAAAGAGAAAUUUGCUCACCACAGUCAAGUGUGGAGGAAGGUCACCAAGUCUGUGGGCGGGGCCCUGCCCAGGACUGGGAGGUGCCAGAACCUCAAUUUAAAAACUUGCGGGGCACCUAGCUCAAGAUCGGGGACCCGGCGGCGGCUCCGCGGGGAAGCAGCGAGGCUGGCGCAGCGCCGAGGCCGAGGCCCUGGGGGCCAGCAACCUGCACCGCGGAACCCGCGAGUGAGUCGGAAUGAGCGCAACCACUGCCCAACACAGACAGUUAAGAAGCUUCUGGAAGAACAGAGACGCCGUCAGCAGCAGCCUGACGCCGGUGGCAUACCGGGACACUUCUCCCCUCCCCUGACCCAGCCGUUGACCCCAUCUGUGAGUGAGGCUGAGGCAGGCCAUACUCACUUCCCAGCCUUCCAAGAGACCUUGGAUUCUGGACCUGGCAACCUGGCUCCCACUCUGGGCUUUACAGACUGGGAACCUAACACCCCUGCCACCUAUACAGACAGCCCCUGUUCUUAUCCUGCUGCCGCUGCCGAAAGUUUCCUGACUCCUGACUUCUACCCACCUUCAGACCCGGGCCGGCUAGGCCCAUUUCCCUCAGGAAUGGAGGAUCCCCUGGAUUCUCGGCUGUAUACUGACCCUUCCUUGCCACAAGUGGGGUCCUGGAGAGUCUCUGGGAUCCCCUCGGGCUCCCCACAGUUGCCUCCAUCUACUGGACCCUCCCUGGACACAGCCCGAGCUCACAUACUGGCUUUGGGGCCCCAACAGCUACUGGCCCAGGAUGAGGAGGGAGACACGCUCCUGCACCUGUUUGCGGCUCGGGGGCUGCGCUGGGCAGCAUAUGCAGCAGCAGAGGUGCUGCAGAUGUACCGACAUCUGGACAUUCGGGAACAUAAGGGCAAGACCCCUCUCCUGGUGGCAGCCGCUGCCAACCAGCCACUGAUUGUAGAAGAUCUGCUGAGCCUGGGAGCAGAGCCUAAUGCCACUGACCAUCAAGGCCGUUCUGUCUUGCACGUGGCUGCCACCUAUGGACUCCCAGGAGUCCUUUCGGCUGUGUUUAGGUCAGGCGUUCAGGUGGACCUGGAAGCCAGAGACUUUGAGGGCCUCACUCCCCUCCACACAUCCAUCCUGGCCCUCAAUGCUGCCAUGCGCUCUUCUAGCCUCAGCCCACGGAUACUGAAUGUCCAAGCCCGAGACAGACUGGCUUGUGUGCAGAUGUUGCUGCAAGUAGGUGCUGAUCAUACCAGCCAGGAGAUCAAGAGCAACAAGACAGUUCUGCACUUGGCUGUGCAGGCUGCCAACCCCACCCUGGUCCAGUUGCUGCUGGAGCUGCCCAGGGCGGACCUGCGGGCUUUUGUCAACAUGAAGGCUCAUGGGAACACAGCCCUCCACAUGGCAGCUGCCCUGCCCCCUGGGCCGCCCCAGGAGGCCAUUGUGAGGCAUCUGUUGGCGGCUGGAGCGGACCCAACUCUGCGCAACCUGGAAAAUGAGCAGCCAGUUCACCUGCUGCGGCCCGGGCCGGGCCCUGACGGGCUCCGGCAGCUAUUGAAGAGAAGCCGUGUGGCACCCCCAGGCUUGUCCUCUUAGGACUCUCAAAUCCAGAACCUGGACUGAUUUUUCCAGUCCCCACCGUCCCGUUGGACAGUCAGCGUAUGCUCAUGUUGCAGAUCUGUGAUAAUAUAUAUAUGUAUGGAAUAUCCUGCCAUUAGGGUCUUACAUUAAAACCUCAAAGUGGCGCUGGGGAGGGGGCGAACAGUCCCCAAUAUUUGGAAUGGUGUGAUACCCCCUCCCCCUACAAGGGGCCUUUUGAAUGAUUUCUGUGAAAUCGAGGCCCCUUGACUGUUUCUGUGAAACACCCUAGAAGCCUUUAAACCCUAUCCUAACUGGAUCAGCUGAUCCUCUACCUGGACUCAACCCUACAAUCCCAGAAACGGGGAUGGAGAUGGAGUCUCCCCUUAUGGGAUCCCAAUACUAUCCCAUCAAGGCUCCUACCCAGGACCUACACCCCUGACCCACUGAAAGGACCCUCCAGGAUUAGUGUGCCCUGAAUUCUGGCUGCUUUGUCCAUUCAGAACUCAAUGUUCCAGACCCUAGUACCCCUAAUGAAUCGCUCCCCUUAAUCUGUGUAUCCCUGAAGCUCCCAAUUAAACUCGAUUUGGACUUGAA